AGGGGACCGUCGUUCUGGGGGGAGCGUGGAUCGAAGCUAGAGUGACGAAGACAUCGUCCUUUUUUUCUCUCAUCGAGGCUUUCUCCGAUCGGGAGUUUCUCGUGUUGGGGGUCGGCGGGAUAACUACGCCUUGUGGCUGGCUCCCUGUUUCCUUUGAUGGCGGUCGCCUGCGGUUUCGCCUCUCCCUUGCUUAGCUCCGGCGCUCAGCCCUCAUCCGCUUAGUAGUCUGCUCUUUGGAAUUUCCCGUUUCGCGAUCGCCCUGCCGUCGAGAUUUGUCGGCAAUUUGUCCCUGUAGUAUGAAAAUUGAGCUCGUUUUAACUCCUAGACGUUGAAUCACGGGCUCAGGUGAAGCAAAAUCAUCCGCCCGUCAUCUGUUAUCGGCCUUCUUCUCUUUCUCACUUCGAUUCGUUGCGGAAAUUCGAAAAGCGGGAAGUUACCGGGGGUUUAACUGAGGAUCUAGCAAAACUUUCAUUUUGAAAUGGACACCGAGACUGAAGUGACUGCGGAGAAUGGAUGUAGUGUGAUUGAAACAAUUGAAACAAAACCAGAGAGCGAGGCACCGAAUCAGGUGGUUCCUUGUGAAAGUCAAGAUUCAAAUCUUGCGGAGAAAAAUGCAGUCAGUGCUAAUGCGAAGACUGCAAACUCAUCUUCUCGACAGAAGAAGGCUGGUUUCUCAAAGAGUUCUUCUUUUCCUCCCAAAGGUAUUACAAAAAGAAAGACUGGUGAAGCGAAAACCGCCGCAGAAGUUGGGAAGAAUUCAGGUGCAAACGGUCCUACAUCGUCUGCUUCCAGUGGAUCUGUCAUUUCUACCUCGCGAUCGAAGUACCGAGCGUCUCAGCCUUCUGCCCUUGUGAACCACCGAAGAAGUUUGAGUGGUGGGCAGCCAUCAGAUAAAAGAUCGGGUGGUCACUCCGCUUCAGUGGAUACAAAAACGAGUUUGAGUUCCGCAUUAUCCGCUGGGCGCUCUCAGUCUGGGAAGCCUGCUUCUACUACCACGGUUGCUUCAUCCUCUAAAGUUCUCAAAGCACAAGAUCAAAACCAAAAGGAGCCGAAGGAAACUUUGCUCUUGAAAGAGGAAGAUGCCCACUCCACUACAUCAGGUUCAAAUUCCAGGAGAAAUAGUGGAACUGGUUUUGCUUCCAGAUGCAACGAGCGCGCAGAGAAGCGGAAAGAGUUCUUUUCCAAACUGGAGGAAAAAAUCCACGCAAAGGAGAUGGAGAAGACCAACCUGCAAGCUAAAUCAAAGGAAAGCCAGGAGGCGGAGAUAAAGCAGCUCCGGAAAAGCUUGAUGUUUAAAGCCACACCAAUGCCUAGCUUCUAUCAGGAACCCGGGCCUCCAAAAGUUGACCUCAAGAAGAUACCAACAACUCGGCCUAUAUCUCCCAAAUUAGGACGCCAUAAAUCUCCUGCAGCUGCUGAUCCUGCAGCAGGAAACGGUCAUCCUGCCAAAAGCACCGACUCUAACCCCGAAGAGAGCAAGGUCUCGGGCAACAAAUCAAGCAGUACCAAGGAUUCUUUAGCUUCAAAAAGGACAAUUCGACGUUCGUCCACGAAGUUGCCGUCCAAAAAGCAAGACAAUUCAGACCAGAAGCCGACCAACACAUCCUCUGCCGCUUCAGAGCCAGAGUUGCAUAGACAGGUACAAGAAGAUAAUGAACCUAAGAUUGUGCUGAACGCAGACGCCAUGAAACUUGACCAGCUUGGGUUGGAACCCAUGAACAAUUCUGAAUAUUCUCUGAUCCAGAAAAUGGCUGAUUCAGAAAUCCAUGCCAUUGAAGCGUCCGCGUAGAGGGCCAAAAUUUCAAUUUUUUCCCCCACUCUGGGGUGGAACGGGUGAUGUGAAUAUAGUCUGUGGUUUGCUGUGUACGUGUUGCGCUGCCUGUUGUGUUGAUAUUCAGUUCAGCCUGUUUGACGACAGUAAGUUUUAUGCCUUUCUUAUGUCUUUAAUGGUGGGAAAGCGGGGUAGGGCUUGCUUGCAAAUAUGGAAGAGAUCUAUGAUCAGUUGAGGCGUCCUUUUUACAUGUAAAUUUUCUUUCUUCGCCACAUUUGUCCUGCUGGAUUGCUUGGUAAGUUUGUGGUGUUGAAAAUGUUAUAUAUUAUUUUUCUCUUGCUUGGUUA